AAGUAGAUUAUUAUUUUCAGAAAAAAAAAUGUCUAGUUUAUUCCGGCAUCGUAAACCUGAAGCUCUGACGGUGUACAAUGAUGUUACUGACGGUUUAAAAACUAUUUAUAAAAACAGUAUACUACCUAUUGAAAAAGACUUCUUCUUCAAUGAAAUCCACUCCCCUGCACUAGAGGAUCCUGAUUUUGAAGCUAAACCCCUGGUAAUGCUGGUUGGGCAGUAUUCUACUGGAAAAACAAGCUUUAUCAGAUAUUUGAUAGAUCAGGAUUUCCCAGGUAUGCUGAUAGGUCCUGAACCUACAACAGAUAGGUUCGAAAUUGUAUCUUAUGGCAAAGAAGAUGGAAAGAUUCCAGGAAAUGUUCUCGCUGUUGACAGCAAGAAACCUUACAGAAGACUUCAGGAGUUUGGUGGUGUUUUUCUCUCCAGGUUUGAGGGCUCAGAAACAGAUUCAGAAGUUUUAAAAAGCAUAAGUUUGGUUGAUACCCCAGGAAUAUUAGCUGGAGAAAAGCAGUCAAUAAGUCGUGGAUAUGACUUCACUGGAGUACUUAGAUGGUUUGCUGAGCGUGCUGACCGUAUAAUCCUGCUGUUUGAUGCUCAUAAACUUGAUAUAUCUAUCUAUCAGUUAACAUCCCCUUUAACUGUUGUAGAUCUGGCCACCCCUGAGGUGUCAAGGGUGUAUGUUGGAAGCUUCUGGAGUCGUCCACUGCAGUUCGAAGGAAACAGAGAUCUGUUUGAGGCUGAACAGGAAGAUCUGGUUAAUGAUCUACAGAAUUUACCCAGAUUUGCAACUAUUAGGAAAAUGAAUGAUCUUAUAAAGAGAACAAGGAACGUAAAAGUGAAUGCGAUUAUAUUGAGCUACUUGAGACGGCAGAUGCCAGCUAUUGGUAGAAAUGGAAAGAAAAAAGAACUUAUUAAACACCUAGACAAACACUUCGAAAUCAUCCAGGCAGAAUACGGUAUCCCUGCAGCGGAUAUGCCUGAUCUUCAAGUUAUGAAAGCAAAACUAGAAAAGUAUGAUUUUAUAAAGGUAAUGUUUUUAAAGUAUGCUUUCUUCUGUCUUUAUGAAAUCUAA